AGCGGCUGCGUGUGGCGGACACUGGCUGCUCUCCCGGGGAGGGGCCGCUGGAGGGGGGCUGGGUCCGUGGGAGCGGCUGGUUGCCUGGGGAGGGGGAAAUUGCCCCUUCCCCCGAGUAAAGAAGGAGCUGGGGAGGGGGCAGAGAAGAUUGAGGAGACCCCCUCCCCUGUAUCCCUCUCUGGCGUGACGGGUGAGCAGGAAAUUGGGGGACCCCCCCUCCAUCCCCUCCCCCACCCGUGCAGAGUGGGUUUUGCUGUGUGGGGCGGAAAUUGGGGCCCCCCCCGCCUGUGCCCUGGAGUAAAGGCUGAGGGAGGGGAGAAACAAGCAGGAAAGCAGAGAGACCUUUGUGGGGGGCUCAAAGUGGGGGAGCCCUGGCCUGGCUGGGAGGCGCAUUGUUUACUCUGCCCGAGGGGGGUCCUGCCAUGAGCACCCCUCAGGAAAGCCCCUCCAUAGCCCAGGCACCUCUGCUGCCCGCACUGGUGCCCCACUGACUGGGGGGGGAGGGAUGGCCUCCCCAUCCAGGCAGGGGUCCCCUGGAGGGGCUGGGCUGCUCUGCGGCAGCAAGACCCGGUCCUACGGCAGCCUCGUCAAGUCAAUGUGCUCCCCGGUGAGGGAGAGGAGGGUGGAACAUCGCCUGGAGCCGGGGGACACCUUGCAGGGGCUGGCGCUCAAGUAUGGGGUCACGAUGGAGCAGAUCAAGCGGGUGAACCGGCUGUACACCAGUGACUCCAUCUUCCUCAAGACGACACUGCACAUCCCCGUCCUGGUGGAGCCCAAGCAGAUGGCGAAUGGCUUAAACCUGGAGGAAGAGGAAGAGGAGGCGGAGGAAGGAGCCAGGCGGGCCCCCACGGGAGAGGAGAAGCCGGUGCUGAAAAACAGCUCCAUGACCAGCACAGGCACCACCCCCCGCCACGACCUCUCGGCCACGGAUUUCUUAAGGAAGCUCGACUUGGAGAUCAGCCUGUCCAAGAAGGCUGCGGUGAAGAAGCUGCGGGAGCGUGAGGUCGCAAUCGCCAGGGCCGAGCCAGGAGCCAGCAGGACCGUCUCCUAUCAGAGCGAGCCCUCGCCUCACGCUCAGCAGCGUGCCCUGCUGGGCCCCGUGCCGCUCACCAAAACCACCCGGGCCGCCACGCUGCGGGACCAGGAGGACGAGAUCUUCAAGCUCUGAUGGGCGGAGCCUUCUUUUCCCCAUGGACUCGCCUCUCCCCUCCUAGCCGGCACAUCCAGCCACGGGGGGGGGGGGAGGGGCAGCGCAGGGUUUGUGAUGGUCCUGCCAGGGAGACCCUGACGGCGCUGAGGCCCUGAUCCUGGCAGGAGCCUGCGUGAGUCCUCCAGCUGUCCCCGCCUUUGCACCAAUCUGCGGAGGGGUGGGCUGGCUGCAGCGGGAUCAGUGUAUGGGGGACGUUCUGCGGCUGGGGGGGGCGUGCACAGAGGCGUGUUAUGGGGGUGACUGGCAGAGCACCCUCUUGGGGCGGGGGAGUCUCGGCGACACGCUCUAAUGCCCAGCGUUUUCUGCGCUGCUCUGCUCCUCGCCGGCUUUUCCCACGGCCGGGCUCUGAGCUCCCCGUCCCAGUGCGCCAGCCUCUCCCUGUCCCAUCCCGUCAGGUCGCCGUGUUCGGAGACAGCCCCGUUGCCUGCAACCCCCUUGGGUCUCCUUUGCUCCCCUGCUGAGACUUUAGGGAAAGGCCUCGGGAUCAGGUCCUCAGCCCGGCCCCCCCAAUCAUCUACUGAUGCCCCUCAAUCCCGACCCACAGCCCCCCUGCUCUUCCUGUUGUGGGACCUUGACCUGUUUCUAAAUGAAACAGGCGCCUUCACAAGCCUGAUGUCCUGGGGGGUGUCAGGACCCUCGGCAGCUGAUCCCAUAGGACGCCUGGCAGGCAAGAGUCAUCGUCGCCUGCAGCUCUCACUGCCAGCGAGCCCACGUGGGGUCGGGCUCUCGGGGCCCAGCUCCCACACGGGAAGGGCUCAGCAUCCGCUGUGCUGAAACCCAGCCCCUUGGGCCUGAGCUGAAAUCCGCCCGAGUCUUUCCAUUGACCUCUGGGGUGGGGCCUGGCAUGGGGGCCGAGGGGGCAAAUUCCAUACGCUGCUUGGCUUCCUCGCCCUGAAAGCGAUGGGCACAACCCCUCCCACCCCCGCUCCCCAUGGAACUGUCCCCUGAGUCUGCCAGAGCUACUCAACGACCUCUCACUGCUUAGGAUUUCUCUUAGCCUGGCUCUGGGGGAGGGAGCUGGGGUCUGUCCCUGUUAGCCCAGCGGGGCCAGUCCAGCUCUGGGGGAGGGAGCCAGGGUCUGUCCCUCCUUGUGUGCCAUUAAUCCAAGAGCUGACCAAUCCUUUCUGGCUGUCUGGAGCCCCUGUGAUACUAGCGCUGAUGAUCGCCUGUUAAUUUGUCUCUUUGUUACUGGGCGUGAGGUGUGAGAGGGAAAACACCCAGCUUGACUCUCAGCUCCCAAGCUGAUGUUUCAGGCCGGGAAGGGGGCGGAACGGGGGACAGAUGACAGCUAGUGGCUUGUAACUGGUGUUUGUGGGCCAGGGGUGAAUGAAGGAACUCCCAGAACAGCCCCCCCUUUGAAGGUGUUAACUGCUUGAGCCAAGCCAGAAGCCCCAGACUCUGAAUGGGGCAGGUAAGCCGGGCCCUGAUUUCCCCGCUCGUCUGUUUCAUUCAGCCGUAUUGAUUUGGAACCCUUUGCUGUCCAUCACGGCCCAGCUCUGGAGAGGGAAACGGAGUUAAAAAUAAAACCCUCCCUUGGGUUCCUCUUUAAAGCUGCCUCGCCACUGAGAGGCCCAGAUCCUCUUUAAAUAACUCUGCCAGGUACUUCUCAGGCACAAGAUUGAGAUCGGCCGCCCGGCCAGCGGCGAAGGGACUUGCAAAUAAAACUGUUCCGUCCUGAUUGCUCUUUGAA